AUGUCUAUCCACGACGCCAAAAGUGUUUGUGAAUUCGACGAAUAUAUUGAGAACCAUAACAAGGUUGUUGCCGCAUUCGUCGUGGAGGACAACGAUAAUUGCAAAAAGUUGGCGCCCGAAUUUAAAGCCUUUUCUACCAAUUAUCCCGAUAUUGACUUUGUAAUAGUCGAUACCAAAAAAAUUCCGGACCUUUGCUAUCACUACUGCAUCCGCGAUUUCCCAACAUUUGUAUACUUCAAGGGUGGUAAAAGAUAUCAAGAGGUUGUUGGUCCCGAUAAAACUCGAGUAGAAGAAGUUAUCAGAUUUCUUAGAUCAGCCUAG